CCUCAGAAGAAGCAGCAGGCGAACACGCUAGCUUCUGUCUCGUGAAGUGGCAUGGAUGAGCUGGAUUUGUUGUUGGAAGAGCUGGCCCUCGGUACGACUGGUUCAGACAACUACACUGGCAACACAAGCUGUAAUGCUCCGCCUGGAGAGGUACGAAACUAUUGUUUGGCUGGACCCAGCCAGACUCAACAUGCCGCUGCUCCUGCACAUAUUGACAGUGCUGCUGAGUCAUCACCACCUGACUCACUCACCCAAGAGCUGGACUUGAUUUUGCACGACAUGCUGACCCUUGGACAUGAGGAUUCUGCUCCACCGACAACUCCACCGCUUCUCACCAAAAAACACAUAACUGCAGAAGGUGACAAACCAGAAGGGGGCAGAAGCACCGCGGAUGUGCUGACCUCGACCUCCAGCACAGCAAGUGACACCAUAGAUGACCUGCUGGGUGGACUGAGCUCUGACCUGGAGAAGAUCGGAGUCCGAACCAUUACCAAGGGCCACUGUGCCUCCUGCAAUAAGCCCAUUGUCGGAAAGAUGAUCACAGCGCUGGGUGAAGUGUGGCACCCCGAACACUUUGUGUGUGAAGUGUGUAAGACAGAGCUGGGCAGCAGGGGCUUCUUUGAGCGUGACGGUCGUCCUUAUUGCGACAAAGACUACCAUCAGCUCUUCGCUCCUCGCUGCGCCUACUGCAAAGGUUCCAUCCUCAACAAUAUCCUGACAGCUAUGGACCAGACUUGGCACCCGGAGCACUUCUUCUGCUCUCAGUGUGGAUGUCUCUUUGGAGGAGAGGGUUUUCUGGUGAAGGAAGGGAAACCUUAUUGCACCAAAGACUUCUAUCAACUCUUCGCUCCCAAGUGCUCCGGCUGUGGUGAGUCAGUGAGGGAGAACUACCUGAGUGCAGCCAAUGGCACCUGGCAUCCAGAGUGCUUUGUCUGCUCGGACUGUCUGCAACCCUUCUCUGGUGGCAAUUUCAUGGAACUGGAUGGUCGACCUCUCUGCUCCCUGCACUUCCACUCCCGGCAAGGCAACCUGUGCGGCAGCUGUGGCGCGCCGAUCAUGGGUCGCUGCAUCUCCGCGCUCGAUCGCAAGUUUCAUCCGGAGCAUUUCACUUGCACCUUUUGUCUGCGGCAGCUCAGCCAAGGAAUUUUCAAACAGCAGAAAGGGAAGCCGUACUGCGCUGCCUGCCACAACAAACUCUUUGUUUGAGACACAUGCAAGCGAUUUUUAACUAUUGUAAAUUUGUUUUCUUGACGCUACACAUACAUACAUAUUAAAAACAUAAAAGUGCAUUUGACAUUCAUAAUUGUCUUUUAUUGAAAAUAAAAUAUAAAAACUGAAAAUAAAAAAUAUU